AUGGCAGAUCAUCACAGAAAAUACUCAAAACAUAGGACAGAUUCAAAGAGAGAUAAAAGUGCAAAAAGGAGUAAAGAUUCUAAACACCAUCUGAAUGAGUCUAGAACACCACCAUAUUCAUCUAAAAAUAAUUCAAUUGACGAACUGAUAAAACAGCGAGAGACUUUAAAAGAAGAACUUAAGAAAUUCUCGAAACAUUCUAAAUCAAGUUCCAAAAGCAAGCAUGAUGAUCACGGCAAAAAGCGGUCUAGUUCUGACAAUCUUCAUAAACAUAAAAAUAGUAAAAAAUCUAAAAGUGAAAAAAAAUCCUCUUCCACUGUAUAUGUAGAAUCUUCACCGGUUCAUAAUGUGGAUUAUACGCAGGUAGACUCAGAAGAUGAAGAAUCUAUUAUUGAGCAAAGAAGACAACAAAGAAAGAGGCUGCUGGAACAACUUACGCAUAGUAAAGAUAUUGCUGAACAAGAGAACAAAACUAAUCAAGAAAAGUGUAUAACAAAAAUGGAUAUGCAAGAAAUAACAAACUCAAAUGAAAAUAAAACCCUAAUCAAAAGUGAGACAACUGAUAUGUUUGCAGAGGAAGAUUUCAUUGCUAAACAAUUAACUGAUAAAGUAACUCAAGACAAUAGCAAAAAUAGCGUUCAACUAACGGACAAUUGGGAUGACGAAGAGGGUUAUUAUAAUAUUAAAAUAGGAGAUAUUAUUAACAACAACAGAUACACCAUCAAAUCUCUAGUGGGACAAGGUGUGUUUGCAAAUGUCAUCAGGGCUCAAGAUACUAAAACUAACACUGAAGUUGCAAUUAAAAUUAUGAGGAACAAUGAUUUAAUGUACAAGACAGGUUUAAAAGAAAUAGCAACAUUAAAAGAAAUGAAUACUGCAGACCCAACAAAUAAAUAUCAUUGUGUUAAGCUAGAUUGUCACUUUAUGCACAAAAAACACCUUUGUUUGGUCUUAGAAUCUCUUCAUAUGGACUUAAGAGUGGUUUUAAAGAAAUACGGUAGACAUGGGCUGAACAUAAAAGCCCUCAACAGUUAUUCUGUGCAAUUAUUACUAGCCUUGAGACUUCUUAAGAAAGUUGGAUAUAUCCAUGCAGAUAUUAAGCCAGAUAAUAUUUUAGUAAAUGAUAGAAAAAAUGUUUUAAAGUUAUGUGACUUUGGUUCAGCAUUUAAAGUGGAAGAGAAUGAGCCAACACCAUACUUAGUCUCGAGAUUUUACAGAGCCCCAGAAAUAAUUUUAGGCAUAACUUAUAACCAUGGUGUGGAUAUAUGGUCGACUGCCUGCACCAUGUACGAAAUGGCAACAGGAAAAAUAUUAUUCACUGGCAAUUCUAAUAAUAAAAUGCUGAAAUGUUUCAUGGAUCUUAAAGGAAGAAUUCCCACAAGACUUCUUAAAAAAGGAAAAUUUAAAGACCAACACUUCAAUUAUAACAACAACUUCUUAUAUCACAGAAAAGAUGAAUUUUCUGGAAGAGAAAAAUGCGAGGAAGUGUCUAACAUUACAAUUGGAAGAGACCUUCUGAAAGAAAUAAAAAAAGCUAGAAAAGAAAUGACACCCGGAGAAGAAAAAAAGAUCGGACAACUUAAAGAUCUUUUGGACAAAAUGUUAAUGUUGGAUCCUGCUCAGCGAAUAUCUGUCAAUGAGUGUUUAAAACAUCCCUUCAUUCGAGAAGAAUUGCAUUACUAA